AUGGUCGUCUCUUGUUCUUCAAAUGUAUAAAAGAAGGAGGCAAGGCAAGAAGGAGGCAAGACAACACAGUCUUACUCGUCAAAAUAUAAAUUAAAAAAAAAAAAAAAGCAAAGGAAGUGAAUAACGACAAUCUUCACCGCUCCACUCUCCACUUCAGUCCCCAGUUGUUCACCCGAGCGAUGCUAUCUCCAACUUCAAACCCUCCGAUUAAUCAAACAAUGACCACUCUUCCCCAAUCCCACAACCCCAUCCCAAACCCUUCCAUGGAUAACCAAAUCCACCGAAACGGCGACGUAGAGCCCAACCAUCGCGCCGCCAAGAAACCCAAACUCGCCCACUCCAUUUCCGACUCCGAGAUUCGCGAGGAAUUCUCCCACCACCAACGUGGCGUCGCUAGGAUCAAUAAUGGCAGCUUCGGAAGCUGCCCGCGUUCCGUUCUCGCCGCGCAGUCUGCAUGGCAGCUCCGCUUUCUCCAGCAGCCCGACGACUUCUUCUUUAACGUGCUCCGCGGCGGCAUCCUGGAAUCGCGCGCCAUAGUCGCAGACCUAAUCAAUGCCGACCACAUCGACCGCCUCUCACUCGUCGACAACGCCACCACGGCCGCCGCCAUCGUCCUCCAGCAGAUCGGUCGCCGCUUCGUGCACGGACAUUUUCGCCGGGAGGACUCUGUCAUAAUGUUCCACUGUGCCUACCAGGCCGUAAAGAAGUCCAUCGAAGCCUACGUGACUCCGAUUGGUGGCACAAUCGUCGAGGUCCAGCUCCCGUUCCCGGUGCGUUCCGACGAGGAAAUCGUAAGCGAGUUCAAGAAGGGCAUUGAGAAAGGUAAACUCAACGGCGGAAGAGUUAGGUUAGCGAUAAUCGAUCACGUAACGUCUAUGCCUUCGGUGGUUCUCCCCAUUCGCGAAUUGAUUAAGGUUUGCAGAGAGCAAGGAGUGGAACAGGUUUUCGUCGACGGCGCCCACGCCAUUGGAAGCUUGCCCGUGGACGUGAAGGAAAUUGGGGCUGAUUUUUACGUGAGCAAUUUGUAUAAGUGGUUUUUCUCUCCGCCUUCGGUGGCUUUUUUAUACUGUAAAGAGAAUUCAAACGACGUGCACCACCCUAUCGUUUCCCAGGAGUACGGAAAGGGGUUACCGGUUGAGAGUGCAUGGGUUGGGAUGCGGGACUAUAGCCCCCAACUUGUUGUGCCGUCGAUUUUGGAAUUCGUGAAUCGGUUCGAGGGUGGGAUUGCGGGGAUCAUGCAGAGGAACCAUGAUGAGGUAGUGAAAAUGGGGACCAUGUUAGCGGAGUCUUGGGGAACGAUUCUAGGGUCUCCUCCUGAGAUGUGCGCUAGCAUGAUUAUGGUGGGGUUGCCUUCUAAGCUCUGUGUGAUGAGUGAUGAUGAUGCCUUGCGGUUAAGGUCGUACCUAAGGGUCUAUCAUGCAACUGAGGUUCCUGUAUAUUACCAGGUUUUGAGGAAUGAUGAUAGGGAUCCCAGGGACAAGAAUGGGUAUAUAACAGGUUAUGUCCGGAUAUCUCAUCAAGUUUAUAAUACUGUUGAUGAUUAUCAGAAGCUUAAAACAGCGAUUAAUCAGCUUUUGGAGGAUGGAAAAAUUUGCAGCGGGCUUCCUACGGAGUGAUUUGCAAAAAGAGAAAUAAAGAGAUUGUGUUAAACUAACACGUGGCUGCCUUACAUUCCAAUGUAUGCUGUGACUAUGCUAUGACUAAAUAAUUCAUUGGAGCUGCUGCCUCACAGACGCAAUGAUGUCAAUUUGUCAUAUCGCGUAAUUACUCUUUGCUCCUUUUAAGUAUUAGAUAGUCUUUAUUCGGGGAUUAUAAUAGAUUAUAAUAGUUGUUGGUGAGGUCCACUAAUUGAGAGGCUGCAUCUUGCUUUCACCAUGGGUCACAAGAAGGAUUGUUUCUAUUUCUAGGUCCAUGAGGAUCCUACAUGAAACUUCAUAACAAUUGUCAAGGGUUUGAGCAGCUCUGUUCCAUCAAAUUUUUCUUUUUCUUGGUUUUUUUCUGUUGUGUACUUUUGUCCAAUCCUCUCAAUUUUUGUGAUUUUUGUUCUAUUUCAGUUUUUUAUAAUAAAAAGUAAAAGAGUAAAUUAUACUCA